AUGUUCUAUUCAAACAAACGAGCGGAUUCUAAAACUGCUGCAGGUACAAGAAGCCUUACCCAGGAAGCGAUCAACCUUGAGUAUUUACUUCAGUCAACCAACGAGGAGCCUGCUUCAGUGGACACUGCCUCCAAACUCAAAAUUGCGCAUAAGAUAGCAACUACCGUUCUCCAAUAUAACUCUACACCAUGGUUACGAGAAGACUGGCGACUAAAGGAUCUAUCCUACUUUGGCAACACCCAAGGGUUAUCCGAUGAAUCAUUGCGCACCCUCCACCUCACGUUCUGUUUCAAUCAAAGUACCCAAGAUCCGGAAUUUAAUGGUAUACGAUGGCGAUCCGCCAUGUCACCAGAUUCUACAUAUUCCAGCAUGGAGAGUAUUUCCUACCAGUACGGGAUCAUCAAUACCAGUUUGUUCAGUCUUGGGGUUGCUCUUCUCGAACUUGCUUAUCACCAGACUUUGGAACAAAUAUGUGGCGCCCAAGACCCUAUUGUAGCAGUUCGGAAAAAGGCUAUGUCGGGUUAUCCUUUGGGCCAGAAAUAUCAGAAAAUCAUUCUGCAGUGUUUGCAGUGCAACUUUGGUAUGGGAUCCGAUCUGGCAAAGCCGGACUUGCAAACUGCUAUUUAUGGGGAUGUGAUAUGUUCUUUGGAGGAGAUGAUAAGCUCUCUCACACUAGACUGA